CUGUGAGCAGAACUUCCUCACACAUUUGAUUGUACUCUUGAUGUCUUAUUUUGUCUCAUCACUACGGACGUUUGGGAGGAAUGAGGUUUAGCCUCAGUCUCACAUACCUCUUUUCGUACAACUUGCUUCAGUUCUAUGGACACACAUGGAUUUUCACGAACAUGACAGCCAGAUUUCUCUCUUUUGGGGAAGAUGCCCAGGCGGGCACCUUCUAUUUUGUGGGCGUAAUGAUGGGCGCUUGUCAGCUUCUGUCUUUGUUAGAACUGUUUCAUAUUGCAGAUGGUUUGGAGGAGUGCAGGCUUUUCCCUCGCUUCAUGCAGGUAAUGGAGAGAAAUGUCCUUCUGUUUCUCAUCAUCAGUCUGGAAGAGUUUCAGAGCAAACCAGUCGUGUGUGUCCAGUUUUAUCUGUGGAAUAUACUGGGCCUUCUAAGGUAUCCACAUGAGUUAUUUUGCCUCAUAGGCACACCAUAUUUUAAAAUGCUAUGGGUGCAUCAAACGCUCUCGAUCCCAGUGUACUUGCUAUCUGCUGUCACAGAAGGAAUAAGCAUUUUCCAUAUGUUGCCAUACUUGUCUGAGUCUGAAGGAAUGGAUUCAGUGCGGCUUAAAGUACCUGCAUCAAUAUACAUGUAUUCCCUUAUGGGUUGGUUACUCCUUCAUGUAUUAGGAUCCAGUUUAACAGUACUACUCUUGCUGAAGGAAAGGAAGGAGAAUCUGGAGAGCUGGAAUCAGAAGCUGAAGAAAGACUAAGCAGAGAAAUAAAUGAUCAUAUAGGUCCUCCCAUUCACCAAUGCCAAACAUUUGAACCUUAGGAGUAUUAUGUUGGAGCGGAGUGUCUUGUUGAAUUCCUCUCUGUGUUGAAACACAAUUAUGUUUGUUCGUUCAAUGGUACAGUUGUAAGUAUUUCAACAUGUUAUCGGUUACAACGCAAAUACAUUUUAACUGAAAAAAUGCAUAUGCUUUAAUAAAAAUACAAUAUCUUCAAAAUAAGAA